ACGCUGUGCCUGCACCAAGAUGGCGGACGUCCUCUCUGGAAACAUGGCGGCGGCGGCGGUGGUGGACGUGGAGGAGGAGGAGAGCCUCCUGGCCGCGGUGUUCAGGGACAGCUUCCCGGAGAGCUGGAGGGACAGCCCGGACUUUGCCGCCUACCUGCUGGAGCUGAGCUCCUUCGGGGUGGAGACGCUGCGGCGGGAGCCGGAGAGGCUGUGCGAGGAGCGGGCGCAGAUCCUGCAGCAGACCCGGGACCUGGCCUUCACCCACUACAAGACGUUCAUCCGCACCGCCGAGUGCACCGAGCUCAUCUACCGGGACUUCAGCCAGGUGGAGGGCAGCGUGUCCCGGCUGCUCGGCAAGCUGCCCGGCUUCCAGGAGAGCUGCAGGGGGUUUGUGAAGCAGGCAGAGGACAUUAGCUCCAGUCGGCGUAUGAACACCCUGACCCUGAACCGACACACCGAGAUACUGGAAAUCCUGGAGAUCCCGCAGCUGAUGGACACUUGUGUCCGUAACGGAUACUAUGAGGAGGCUCUAGAACUUGCUGCAUAUGUCAGGCGCCUGGAGAAGAAACACUCCUCUAUUCCUGUCAUACAGGGCAUAGUAAAUGAGGUGCGUCAAUCUGCACAGCUUAUGCUGAACCAGCUCCUCCAGCAGCUCCGCAGUAACAUCCAGCUCCCCGCCUGCUUGCGUGUGAUUGGCUACCUGCGUAGGAUGGAUGUCUUCACUGAAGCAGAGCUGCGUAUAAAGUUCCUGCAGGCCCGGGACGCCUGGCUCCGCUCGCUGCAGAGCGCCAUCCCCCAGGACGAUCCCUAUUUCCACCUCACAAAAACUAUCGAGAGCUGCCGUGUUAACUUGUUUGAUGUGAUCACUCAGUACCGGGCCAUCUUCUCGGAUGAAGACCCCCUCCUACUCCCACUUACAGGCACCUUACCUGUCAGCGAGGGGGCUAUAUUCCAUGGGUGGGUGUUGCAGAAGGUAAGUGACUUUCUGCAGGUGCUGGAAGGUGACCUUCAGAGAGGCGUGGGUAGCAGGCUGGACUCCCUUUUGGGUCAGUGCAUGUACUUUGGACUCUCCUUCAGCCGCGUGGGUGCAGAUUUCCGUGGCCAGCUGGCGCCCAUCUUCCAGCGGGUAGCAGCUGAGAACUUCACACGAGCCGCAAAGGAGGCCGUGGAGAAAUUCCAGGAGGAGAUGAACAUGUAUACCCUGAUCUCUUCCCCCAUGGGCCUAGGCAGCAGCAACAUCACGUCUGUCCCUACACCCCCUACUCAGCCAGGAACCCUACAGCCCCCCAUGGUGCUACUGGAUUUCCCUCCCCUUGCUUGUUUCCUCAACAACAUUCUGGUGGCCUUCAAUGACCUGCGUCUGUGCUGUCCGGUAGGUCUAACGCAGGAAGUGACCGAUACGCUGCAGGACGCUUUGGGCAAGGUUGUUGGCAUCAUCUUGUUGUUCCAUCGCACGGAAGAAGCUGCAUUCAGCCCCCAGGAACGUGAACUCUUUAUCCAGUUCUGCACCGCCUUCUUAGAGGAUCUGACACCGUACCUGAAUCGCUGCUUGCAGAUCCUCUUCCCCCCUGCACAGAGGGCCCAGAUCUUUGGUGUGGCCCCGACACAUCUCUCCCGUUACGGCAAUCUGGGUUCUAUCGAUGUCGCCGUGCUGCAUGCCGCCUUGGAAGGAGUACUACCACAGAAGGAGACUGUUCUUGUGUCGGACAGGGAUUUAUUGCCCACACCGCUGGCUCACUCUGACCCAGAGAAACACCUUCCACCCACAGACAGUGUGCAGCUGCAGCCAGAGGCGCAUGUACCAGUACUGACCCCAGUCACUGAGCCGGACGUCCCUGCGGGAGAUGAUCAGUGACUGUAUUAAGAACUGAGCUGUGGCAAGUGGGUUCUGUCUGCUGUCAAUCAGGAAUUUAUAAAGUGACGUGAUCUCAGCAUAGGGGCAUUGGCUAUAAUGAGUAUGCAAUGAUGUUUAUAAUCAUUACUCAGAUAAUAAUUAUUUGCACUAAUCUUACUGAUAACCUCUGUCUCGGUACUGAUCUGGCAGAAUCGCACAAUCCUGUGUUUCUAGGGCCUCGAAAGAAUCCGCAUGUUAUCUCGCAGUCACGUUGGGCUCUGGUUCUGUGUAUUUAUAUACUUUUAGAUUUUGAAAACAAAGUAAGACGCCUUCACGGAAUAAUGACCUUUAGAACACCUAGAAUUAUUAUAAUGGUCUGUCCGCUAAUCCUGGAAUCCGUUCUGCAGAGUACUCUGUGUAGAUGAGCCAUUGACCUGAUUGUGGGUGAAUAAUUAGCACAGCACAAUGUUCCUGUUCUGUUGGCUCAUAAACCUAUCGAGGGAUGAAUCCUCUGCACAAUGUAAGAUAGGUCUGGUGUAAACUGCGUCUGGCAAUGGGCUUUUUUUUCCCCAGAAUGGUUUUAUCACCCGAAACAGAAUUUCCUUGGCAGAAUAAGGUUCUGUAUGAAAGGUUAGAGCCUUUUGUACAGCCAGCAGUCCCACUCUGCGGCCAGCAGGGUACCAGAGCGACCUCUGAACACGAUGGAACACCUGCCAGGCCUUUCGCACGGAUAAGGCAGUUUGCCCCCUCAUGUUAGAGGGACUGAGAGGGUUAUUCGGACCUGGUCGUCGCUAACGUUUUUUGCAGCGCUGCGCUCAGUUCAAAACUGCACAUGCGUAUGCACCGCAAUGCUCAGGUGCGUCACACUGGUACAAAGCGGUUUGUUGCUCUGCAAUGGGUUUGUACGAAGAAUCCAUUCGCACGGGCGAUCGCAAGGAGAUUGACAGGAAGAGGGCGUUUGUGGGUGUCAACUGACCCUUUUCUGGGAGUGGUUUGAAAAACGCAGGCGUGUCCAAGCGUUUGCAGGGCGGGUGUCUGAUGUCAAUUCUGGCCCCGGACAGGCUGAAGUGAUCGCAGCGGCUGAGUAAGUUCUGGGCUACUCAGAGACUGCACGAGAUCUUUUUGUACUGCUCGGCUGCACAUGCACAGCAAAAAUACACUCCCCUAUGGGCAGCGACUAUGCGAAUGUAGGACAGCAAAAAAACCCUAACGAGCGGUCAGGCCUGAAUGACCUACUAUGUUGUGUUGGUGCAAAUGGCGCCUUAAAUCUCCUUCCCACGGCCUUGGUGGUGUUUACAUAGCUAACGGAGGGAGCUGGACUCAGGAUAACUAAACCAGAAAACACCUGUAAUUACGACGUAGGAGUAUUUAAUUAAACCUCCUUUCUAAAUCUCCUUUCCUAAAAAUAAAACCCCGGCAGUUAUUUAUUAUGGGGGAUUGAGGUGGUUUUAGUGCAGGAUUACAUAUUCUCUAGAAGGGUAUUCAGAGCUAUUGCGGUCGGGACGGAUUCAGUCCUGCUGUGUCGUGGGCUGUAGGUGGCUCUUGGCAGUUUAGAGGGGUCUACUGGGGAAUUUAUCUAUUUGGCUGGUUCAGUAAUGAACAACCUGUUACCACAGAGGUAAGUCAUCUAAACAUAACCUGUUGUGUUUCCAAGACAGUCCGCGUCAUUCAGCUGGUGUUGCUUAUGUGUCUGUGCCAAAUCUGCCUUUACCCCUCCAUUACGUUACCUGAGAACGGGUGACUGACAGUGAGCGAUUAGGAAAAAUAACGCGUCUGGUAUGGAAGAUACAGCUGGGAGAGGUGCACUUACCUUCGUGGUGAGCCAGUAAUCAUUUAUGGAUUUUUUGUUUGGGUCACGGCACAAAAUAUUAGUGUGACCUGAAUGAUAUUUCAAAGAAAAAAUAAUCCGUGAUUAAUUGGAUAAAGUAACUGUGUUUUCUACGUUUUUAGUUACAGAGACCGAGGGGCAUAUUUACUAAGUGUACGGUUGCAAAAUCUGACGCUUCUGCUUGUGGUUAUGUCCGUGAUUUAAAAGGCAAUGCUUUUAUUAGCUGUGUUUUGCUAGUAUAAUUAUUGCCCCCUUAAAUUUAAAAUUCCCAAAAGUGCCGAGUGUGGUAACAGAACCAGUGAGAGCGGAGUAAUCGGUGUUAUAGUCGGGGCUUAUAAAUAAAGGCACGUAGAGCUCAGAAUUGAUUUGGUUUUACCUUGUUUUUUUAUAUUGCAUUAAACAAAAAGUUAUGACUGUGUUACCACUGGUGCAGGGAGUACCGGUGUCACGUCUGAGGUGGUUGUGGCUUCCCUGCAAAUGCUUCCCAAAAUAUAGCUGAUAAUAAAAAAAUAAGGACAAUUAAAAGCUG